AUGAUUGGUGCAUGCCCCGCCUUGAUUGUGGGCAACGAUUGGGACNCUUUUCAUUUUUGUAUUGUUUGUUUUGUGGUAAUCUUUCCCUUUUUUACAUGUUGUUAUCAUUUUCUGAUAAGAGUAUUUUUUUUUUUAUGUAAACAGAAAACAAGCAAAAGGACUCUCUUUAUCAGGUCCCUCAUCAGGGAAGUUGCUGGUUUUGCUCCUUAUGAGAAGAGGAUCAGUGAGCUUUUGAAGGUCGGUAAAGACAAGAGAGCUCUCAAAGUUGCCAAGAGGAAGUUGGGAACCCACAAGAGAGCCAAGCGAAAGAGAGAGGAGAUGUCUAGUGUUCUCCGCAAGAUGAGGUCUGGUGGAGGAGGUGCUGCUGCAACUGAGAAGAAGAAGUGAUGCAGUGACUCGCGUUGGUUCUGCGUGGUUUCUCGAACUUUGUGUGUUUUAGAAUUUUUGCCUAAUGUUUCUUUGGAUAUUUUGUAGCAAAGAUGAUUUAAUGUUGAAACGAAACCAUUUUGGAGCCACUUGUCUUCUGAUUAACCGGGUGUGUCUUAAUGUCCGGUCCAAUCUGGUUUAGAAAUGUACUUUCUUUGACCCCCAUGUUGUAGUCUUUCGUUAUUGGGCCUACUUCGACA